UUACUGUACUUUAUUGAGCAUUCAAUUUACUUUUAAUAUUUUGUUUCAGAGUGAAAGUUUAUAGUGACCACUUUCUAGGAUUUUCUACAUGUAUGUACACACACACGCACACACAUAAUAUAGUUUUGACUCACGUUGUCAAAAGAGAAGCUACGUACGUGUGACGACAAACUAGUGUGUGUGUGUAUGUAGAAAAAAUUACCAUAAAAAAAUUACCAAAACUAGCAUAUAUUUUUUAACGUAAAGAAUCUUCCAAUAUACUGAUCAGUUCCCGAAUAAAUGAUUUUUAAUCGACAUUCUUAACAAGUGACAACGUCGAGAAUAAAAGAUAUUCGUGGGGAAGAUAAUUUUAUACUGACAGAUGAACAUUUUCCUCAUAACUUUUUUCAUGUUUUUCUGCUUUAUUCCUAUAGAUCGAAAAAUUACAAGCUUCGUGGGGGGUUAUUGCAUAAAUGACACAUUGCGCAUGCGCAAGAUUCCACUCAAUUGCCUUGCUAUUGGUUAUUCUGUCAUUUUGAAUUACUCUGUGGUACCGAUAACAGCGGAGCUUCAUCAUCUCGUUAAUUACAUCUUCCCAAGAAACCUACAGAUUGAGAAAACUACGCAGUACGCUAGGAAUAAUAUUAACGUAAUCGCUUUACAUGCACACGAAAAGGAAGAGAUGAACAAAAUUUCUUACAAGAAGAAAUCAGUAACGUCGCCAAAUUAAAAGUAACAGAACCCUCACGAGUAUAUCUCCGAAAAAAUUUACUCAUAGUCACUCAAUGCUGUUUUACUUAUUAAUUGGAACCAAUCAAUCAUUCGUGUCGAUUCGGAUUUUUCGUCCUCGAUAUAAUUGAAUGAUCGGAGGAACUUAAAAAUUCACUUACUACUUAAGAAGUUCUGCGAUGGCUCCAAAACACUCGUUCGCGAUUUAGGUCGAAAUUGAGGGUGGAUGAUUCGUAGCUGGUUGAAAAUGAGAUAGGUCGACAUCGACGUUGGUCGAAAUCCUCUUCAGUGAUGCACUGAUUCUAAUUCGCGAUAGAUAUUAACAAACGGUCACUGAAUUUACUUAACGAAGCGCUACUAUAUUUUAUAAGUACAGUCUGUGCGACUGUUAAAAUUCAAAAACUACGCGAACAAACACUGACUCUAACGACUGCAUUGCACGCAAUCUAUACAAAAACACUUAUUGUUUAAAUCGCGAAACGCGAACGAACAAACACUGCUUCUAUUUCGCGAUAUUUUUAUUUUAACGAUACAAACACUUGAUUACUUCAUUGCUACACGCACAAUUGCAACGAAGUUCUGAAAUAAAAAUACAAACGAAAUAAUCAGUAUCACUGUUAUAAUAAGAAACUGUAUAAAGUAAUAGACAUCCUGUGAGAAUUUCUAUGUUCGCUCGUCGAAGUACAAAGAAAGACUGUUCCAGUAAUUGUUAAAAUCAAUCAUAUUUGGUUUUGUUGACAUCACACGUAGUUAAAGAUUCUAAGAAGAAAAUUUCAAAAUAUUGAGAUCUUAAAUUAAAAUUAUUAGAAGUUUUUCUUGCGUUACGAUCUUUGUAAUGUUAAACGAAUGUACUAUUGUUUAAAUAUUAAUUUUUUGUAUAUCACGUAUAUUAAAAAGUGUUUGAAUAAUUGUAAAAUUAUCGAAAGUAUUAAUUUCUAGAAAGAUAGAUUUUCGAUGGUUUCCGUCGGAAUACAAAAGAAAACUGAUUAGAUAUUCUUAUAUAGCUAUGCAGUAAAUGUGUACAAGCAAAUGAAAAAGUAUUUCUUUGCGCUUUGUAUUGAAAGUACGAAUUUUUCUAAGAAAUAAUGAAUGAAGCGAAUUAAUUUACACAGGUCAAUAGUUUCACAGAUUGGAGCCGAUGUUUUUAUACUCGAUUCCAUAGAAUGUUUGUGAAUGUGUGUACAUCUGUGUGACAGCUACGAGAGAGUUUUUUGUUCACAUAUUUUGCGAUGAAAAAGAGAUAUUUUUGCAAAAAAAUGAUAUUGGUCAAUAUCCUAAUGCUUUUCAAAAUUUAUAUAGAUCAAUAAUGUUCGAAAAUCUAGACUAAAUCUUUGUUUUUUCUUACUUUAUUCCGAUCAAUUACUUCUUCGUUGCAGCGUCCUUUUCUUCUUCCAAAGCUAUUAGAACUUUGACUACCACCGAGUCCAUAAUGAAUACUAACACAUAGGAAUUAUUUAUUAAUUAAUACUUGUAGAACAAUCUAUAGGCAAGUAUAAUAAAAUAUUGUCCUUUUCAAACAUUUACAAGAGAGAUUGAUCAUAAAAAAAGAUAAAUUCUUUCAUUCUUUCAUUCUUUCAUUAUUCGAUUUAUUAAUUAGUUACAUUCUGACUCUUGUGGUAGAAGAAAGAAGAAACACACGAAGUAGUUUACGCGGGAAUUUAUA